GUGGUUGGAUAAUCGGGUGGCGCCACGGUGUACCCCGAGUCCCGAGUGGAAAGUGUCAGUUCGCUGAUCGGCGCCGCGGCUCGACACCACCGUCGCUACCCCUUGUCUUCAGCGGUGUGGUCGUAUGGUCGUAGUGGCGUGCUUUCGGGGUGGAGUUCUCAAAAUGUCGAGUCGUAGGUGGUGGUAGAGACAGGGUGAGCACCCAGCAUUGAGGACUGAGCGUGGGAUUGACCGCAUCGCAUGCAUGGAUCGUCGUAACCUUUCGCUGGAGGUCUGGGGCGCUUGCUUUAGCGCGGCAACUGAUAGAGGGCGUCGGCAUGGCAAUCGUUGUGCGCGUGUUGUUUAGGCGCCAUCGCAGUUCCCAUCGGGCUCAUCGUGGCUACCUACCACCAGCAUUGAACAGACAGAGGCAGCGCCCCUAACGGCGAGUCGAGACCAUUACGUUCGGGACUGUUAAUGUCCACCGGCCAGAGCGGCUCGGAGUGGUGCGAGCGAGUUGAGUUUGAGUGUGUGUAGUGCCUGGGUGCGUUUCGGGCGCCCAGAUCCUGCUAUCUACUAAUCGGGCGACAAAUGUUAACUUGACCGUCACUACGGAACAUCUAGACGGAGUGGACUGUGACAAGGGCUCGGGGCGACCGCUACCGCAGCCGGGACUUAUUGGACCAAGGCACAAAAUCUAGCUGUGAGAAAUGGCUACGAUAGACGGCCGUCCCGCGCAAUAUGGAAUUACCCUGAAACAGUUACGCGACCUCAUGGAACAUCGAGGUCGCGAAGGAGUAAAUAAAGUAACUGAAUAUGGAGGAGUCCAAGAAAUUUGCAAGAAACUAUACACAUCGCCCAGUGAAGGUCUUAGCGGGUCACAAGUGGACCUAGAACACAGAAGAGAAACAUUUGGAUCAAACUCAAUUCCUCCCAAACCUCCAAAAACUUUUCUUCAAUUAGUAUGGGAAGCUUUACAAGACAUCACUCUUAUUAUUCUUGAAGUAGCAGCCAUUGUAUCUUUAGCUCUUUCUUUCUAUAGGCCGCAACAAGAAGAACUCGUUUUCGACGACGACGAAACUAGUCAUGGUUGGAUUGAGGGUUUGGCCAUUUUAAUAUCCGUUAUUGUAGUAGUGCUAGUAACAGCAUUUAACGAUUAUACAAAAGAAAGACAGUUUAGAGGUCUUCAAAGUCGGAUUGAGGGAGAACAUAGAUUUGCUGUGAUUCGACAAGCAGAAGUUAAACAAGUUUCCGUUAGCGAUAUAGUUGUAGGUGAUAUUUGUCAGAUAAAAUACGGUGAUCUUCUACCAGCCGAUGGUAUAUUAAUCCAGUCCAAUGACCUCAAGGUGGAUGAAUCCUCGCUUACGGGGGAGUCAGAUCACGUUAAAAAGGGCGAACAUUUCGAUCCCAUGGUUUUGUCUGGCACCCACGUAAUGGAAGGUUCAGGAAAAAUGCUAGUAACCGCGGUCGGCGUCAAUUCGCAAGCAGGUAUCAUCUUCACACUGCUGGGGGCAGCUGUCGAUGAACAGGAAGCCGAAAUCAAGAAAAUGAAAAAAGAAGCUAAAAAGCAGCGGAAGAAGAAAAGCUUAACAGGUGCAGACGAUGACAAUGUCACCGGUAACAGUCACAUGAAUUCUCCCGCACCGGUGCCGAAUAAACUUAACGAGAGUCAAGAUGCGAAAGAGAAUCACGUAGCAUCGGCGCCAUCUUCGGGAGACAGUCAUAAGAAAGAAAAGUCAGUCCUUCAAGCAAAACUAACAAAGCUUGCCAUUCAGAUUGGUUAUGCCGGCUCAACGAUUGCCGUUCUCACCGUCGUCAUUUUGAUUAUUCAGUUUUGCGUUAAAACGUACGUCGUGGAGGGAAAGUCAUGGGAAAAAAAUCACGCAAGCCAUUUGGUACGCCAUCUCAUUAUUGGUGUGACUGUACUGGUUGUUGCCGUACCGGAAGGUUUGCCUCUCGCUGUUACGCUUUCUUUAGCUUAUAGUGUAAAGAAAAUGAUGAAAGAUAACAAUUUAGUGCGACACUUGGACGCUUGCGAGACCAUGGGUAACGCAACCGCCAUUUGCUCCGACAAAACCGGAACCCUAACAACCAACCGUAUGACCGUCGUGCAGUCUUACAUCUGCGAGCAGUUGUGCAAAUCGAUGCCCAAAUUUUCGGAUAUUCCCGCCCAUGUCGGAAAUGCGAUCCUCCAGGGUAUUGCGGUCAACUGUGCGUACACAUCACGAGUCAUGCCCCCCGAAGAUCCCACGGAACUGCCGAAACAGGUCGGCAAUAAAACUGAAUGCGCCCUGUUGGGAUUCGUUCUCGGUCUAGGCAAAAAUUAUCAAACGAUUCGUGAUGAUUAUCCAGAGGAAAGUUUUACCCGUGUUUAUACAUUUAAUUCCGUAAGAAAAUCUAUGAGCACUGUUAUCCCCAGACCGGGUGGUGGAUAUAGAUUGUUCACAAAAGGUGCUUCAGAAAUGAUUUUAAACAAGUGUGCCUUCAUUUACGGUCACGACGGCCGUCUAGAAAAGUUCACCAGAGACAUGCAAGAACGUUUGUUAAAACAAGUUAUUGAACCGAUGGCUUGUGAUGGUCUUAGGACUAUUUGUAUCGCUUUUCGCGAAUUUGUACCGGGCAAAGCUGAAAUUAAUCAAGUGCAUAUAGAAAACGAACCGAAUUGGGAGGACGAAGAUAACAUUGUGAAUAAUUUGACAUGCCUUUGUGUUGUCGGGAUCGAGGAUCCUGUGCGGCCAGAAGUACCUGACGCUAUCAGGAAGUGCCAGAAGGCUGGCAUCACGGUCAGAAUGGUCACAGGCGAUAACCUCAACACAGCCAGAUCUAUCGCCACCAAGUGCGGUAUUGUCAAACCUAACGAAGAUUUCCUCGUUAUUGAGGGCAAGGAGUUCAACAGACGCAUCCGAGAUAGCACCGGCGAAGUUCAACAACACCUACUCGAUAAAGUAUGGCCUAAACUCCGCGUGCUCGCACGUUCUUCACCAACUGACAAAUACACCUUAGUAAAAGGCAUAAUCGACAGUAAGGUUACCGAGAAUCGGGAAGUGGUCGCCGUGACGGGUGACGGUACCAAUGAUGGUCCGGCGUUGAAAAAAGCCGACGUUGGUUUUGCAAUGGGUAUCGCCGGUACCGACGUCGCAAAAGAAGCCUCUGAUAUUAUUUUGACUGAUGACAACUUUAGUAGUAUCGUAAAAGCCGUGAUGUGGGGGCGUAAUGUUUACGACAGUAUAGCAAAGUUUUUGCAAUUUCAGCUUACUGUUAACGUUGUUGCUGUUGUUGUAGCAUUUAUUGGUGCCUGUGCUGUUCAAGACAGUCCGUUGAAGGCUGUACAAAUGUUGUGGGUCAACUUGAUUAUGGACACUUUGGCUUCACUCGCUUUAGCUACCGAACUUCCUACGAACGACCUCCUGCUCCGAAAACCUUACGGAAGGACAAAACCCUUGAUUUCAAGGACGAUGAUGAAAAAUAUACUUGGACAAGCAGUUUAUCAAUUAACUGUAAUAUUUGCGCUUCUCUUUGUAGGCGAUAAAAUGUUAGAUAUUGAAUCCGGACGUGGUGCGGACCUCAACGCGGGACCUACACAGCACUUCACUGUUAUAUUUAAUUCGUUUGUUAUGAUGACUCUCUUCAAUGAGUUCAACGCGAGAAAAAUCCACGGCCAGCGUAACGUAUUCGAAGGAAUUUUCACCAAUCCAAUUUUCUAUACAAUAUGGAUUGGUACUUGCGUUGCGCAGAUCGUUAUCAUUCAGUACGGCAAGAUGGCGUUCUCUACACGUAGUUUGACUCUGGAGCAGUGGCUUUGGUGCCUUUUCUUCGGUCUGGGUACGUUACUUUGGGGACAACUAGUGACUACAGUUCCUACUCGAAAAAUACCCAAGAUUCUAUCUUGGGGCCGUGGCCAUCCCGAAGAGUACACCGAAGCUAUCGCGAUCGGCGAAGAAAAGUUCGACGUCGAUUCGGAUAAGAAGCCUCGUGCUGGUCAGAUUCUGUGGAUCCGUGGUUUGACUAGGUUGCAAACGCAGGUGAUAGGUGGUGAAUUGCAAGAACGUUUGAUUCCGGUUCCGUACAGCAAGAGCUCCACUGACCAAGCUGUGGGGCAAAAUCACAUCCGAGUAGUUAAUGCUUUCCGUCAGGGCCUAGAUGCUCGGUACGGCGAACACAGCAAUACUUCCCUUGCCGAGGUACUCCGCAAACAGACAUCACUCUCUAAGAGGUUGUCUCAGACUUCUUCCAUUGAGUAUGCCGAUAACAUCCCAGAUGAGUUGACGAUCCCCGAAAUAGACGUGGAGCGAUUAUCCUCACACAGCCACACAGAGACGGCUGUUUAGCUCCCAGCCCGCAACCUCUUCCUCGCGCCGCGCUCCCGUCCUGCCUGCUCUGCUCCGAUUAUCAUAAACCAAUUUAACCCUCGCCCACAGUCAUCAUUUCAAUGACCGACCCCCUCAGCGACCCAUGCCCCCUCGUUAGCCGCCGACACGAGCAGCAACCGGGUACUUCUCCAAAAACAAAAACAAAAUCCACAAAAAAAUUAAACAAAACGCCAUCGCAAUCGACCAUCGAGCGCCAGCGACGACUGCCCGGCCAGACCGCCCACCGCUGGUAGCCACGCCAUCACUCCGGGCUUCGGCCACACGACCGCGCAAUUAUAUAUAGUAUAUCUCUACCCAUAUAAUUGCACUGCGUUGCAUCGUUUGUUCGUUGAAAUGUUGUUAUCUAGUGGACAUUGAGUGUCUCGUUUCGUUUUACUAAAGAAUUAGAAGACAGGAUCCGUGCUGGCGACAUGGACUAAAUUGAUUAGCAAUAAAUGGGCGAUCGUCAGUUCGCUCAUAGCGAUUUAAUUAGGUGCCUAGGUGAGAGACUCGCGUCCAGUGGGACUCUCACGAGACGAGGACGUGCGUCGUUAUCCGUCGUGCACUCUGACUGGGUCCGCCGCGUCGACCAGGAGAUUGUCUGUCUGUAUGUCUGUACAAAGCUCCUCGUGCACCGUCGCCGCGGCUCGGCCUUUGUCAGCCAAGGCUGCGCGCGCCCUCGUUCUUCUAUCACGAGCCGCCGUCGCCGAUCCGCUGGACUAGAAGCGCACACCGGCGUGGGCGACCCGUCCUUAACUUAUUAUUAAAAAUGUAGGUAUCAGAUGUUGUCUGCCAAAUGUUUGAGGGGAGGCAAUAACCACACGUGCAGUUAUUAUAGAUUAGUCUUUAUAAAUAUGAUAGUAGUACCGUUAGUCGAAUUACUGCUUCUCCUCGCCUUCUUCUGUUGUAAUCUAGGUCUAACUCUGACUUAGUUAUGAUGUAGAUAGUCUAGCGGUGACACUAGAUAUACAUUAUUAUACAUAUUUAAGAAAGAACCUGUACGAGGUACCACCUCGACCUCAGAGAUUCGUUUGUUUUAUACUUUAUCUAAAUGUACUUUGAUUGGAAAAGAACAAAAUGAAACAACCAGUACAUUACUCUUACGUACGUAGUUAGUAAGCUGUGUAUAAUGGCGCGUCGGCAUAUCGAGCCGCGACCAAACGACCCCUCUAGUCGGCGACGGUACUUAGCUAUGCGCAUCGGCCUUAGUACUUCGGCCCCGGGGUUGCCGCCGGGGCCACCGUGUUCGGUCGGGUCACGUCGGAUCGAUCGUAAUUAUCACGUAGUCACGUUUCGGUCUUGGUUCGCUGCGACCGACGAGCUCGCGCACACAUUUAUACACUACUCCGUAUCGGAUCCAUCGUCUUAGGUGUUCGUACAGAACGGCGUCGCGUCAAAGCGACGUCAGUGCAUCGGGACGGCCCGCGGUGAAUAUGCGCACGUUCGCCCUUCGUCCUCGCGUCGACGUCUCCUUUGAACCCGCCGGUGCUCGACGGACAUCGUCCGACACCCGCUCCGAGACCCCAGCGAGCGUUCACUUCCGACCGCCUCCACCAUUCUAGUCAAGCAAAUUUUUGUCGAUUUCAGGCGGUCGGCGCACGGCCGUCCUCGGCUCCCGGAGCGGACGUCGUCCGGACGCGCUCUCCCACGUUGCUUCCGUGGUAGCGCGCGUUCCUAUUACUAUGUAAUAUAAUUUUACUUAUUAUGUUAUAUCUAUCUGUGGUUCGUCACGCCCUUGCCCAUCAGACUCCAUACACUUCUAGUUGAUCAAACGAACCGCAAUCAUCAUUAUUACCAUUAUUAUUACUUCGUUUGUUUUUGUAGUCUACACACUUUAAUAAAAUUAUAAAUCGAAGGGGUGUUAGUUAUAGCCAGGUCUCGUGGCGCAUGAUGAGAUCUUUUUACGGACACAGGCCAGAAGCAGUAGCAGUCGCAGAUCAGAUAUUGAUAUAUUAAAAAAAAAUCAUCAUGAUUAUGCCGAAUUUUGUCAACGUGGCAUUUUAAGUUGAAUGUUGUUAUUUGUAAUUUAUAAUGGUACAAUUAAAUCGUUAUCAUGUUAUGGUUGUUAUUUUAUACGAACUCGCCUCUCGCGCUAUCGCGCAAACUCGCGCCACUGGCAGGUCCGGUGGCUCAGGAUCGAACUAAAGGUGGAUCGGAGUACGGCCGUGACCAUUCUACCUAAUUAAGUUUUAUUGUCUGUCUGUGCUUUUAUUUAUAUAAUAAAGGUAUUUUGAGCUUUAAAUUAAAGAGAGGUGAAUAACAUGCUGUUAAAGUGUUUUAAUGAUUCCAUUUCAGGAUCGCCUGUAAAUUAUUUUAUUGUUGUGAAAGGCCUUUUUUAUUACAUUUGUUCUGUCAGAUAUUUUUCAAGUUCAUAUGAAUGUUUGUUCUUCAACGUUGUAAUAUAAUUUAAAGAAUUUACAAAAUGCUAUGAAUAUUUUCAUAUUAAACAUGAAUUUUAAAAUAUAAUCACGCAUAUAUAAAUUAACACUGAAUUUUAUUUAACAACCUCACCUCUCUGUUAUUCGUGCUUUUUUAUUAUUUAUUUACACACACACUUUUUUUAUUAGCUUAGCCCUCGUAUCUUUCAACUCCUCGUUAAUCCAAAAUUAUACAUUCUCGAAAUUUUACGUAACAACUAUUAAUUAAUGUACUCGAAAAAAUUACCAACAUUUCAACUAUAAAACACAAAAUAAGUUACAAAAUACUAAUAUCUAGGAUGUAAACUUAACUAACGGAAAUGUAUUUUAAAUGUAUAUAUAUCUCUCACUGGGGAUCCGGCGCACUAUGUGCGAAGCCCAGUUUUUGGAGAGCAACCUUAAUAUCUUUGUAAACUGUUGGAUCUUCUACAGUGCCCGAAAUCUAUAAUAAAGUUAUUGUUAAUAAA